GAGAUCCCCAUGAUGGAGUUCAAAAAACGGACACCCUGUAUAGGUUUCUCAAUGAAAUGUUGGAUGAUUCUAUACUAUAUCCUUCGGUAUAUUAUCAAUGAUUGUUUUCGUAUGCUUGAGACAAGUAAGUGAUGUUUUGGAACAUGAUAUACGUGCAAUAUAUGAUCGUUUUAUUUUAUAGAUAUUAUUUUUCCAAUAGAGACUUUUCUACGUCAGUAACCUAGUUUUCAGGAAAGUUGAAAUUGACCACUGUCCACUGUUGGAAUCAGAUAUGAACAAGAACAAACUCCGAUUUCAGGUAUCUACACAAGGUUAUACUAGAUAAGCAAAUGCUAUAAACUACAGUCACAAACCUAACCUGGCUUUGAAUGAACUAAAAUUGAAAUAUUCUCAUUUUUUAUCCCAGAUUUUUUAGGACUCUACUUACUAGUAUUAUCAAGUUAACGUGAUGUUAUUUUUUCUAAAAAGCACAGCCAAAGAUAACUGACUUGAUAUAAAUUCAUAACAUAAGGUUCACAAUGUUCUAUGCCUGUUUUUACUUUUACUGCUACACAAUGAAAUUUUAUGGUAUUAUUUCGAUUAUUUUUUUGAACAAAAUCGUUUCAGCCCAAAACUGGAGCUACUCUAGACCUGAUGAAUGGCCUGGAGAAUGUCAAAGAGGAAACAGGCAAUCACCCAUAAACAUCAAUUUCAAAAAUACCAUUAUGGAAAUGAUGCGGCCCAUAGAAUAUGUCAAUUAUGACAGGGAUUUUGUAGCGGUGAUCGAAAACGAGGGAUAUACACUGGCUUUGAAGUUUGACAAUGAGUGUUGCGAUAAACCUUCAAUAAGAGGCAGCGUUAUACAGAGUGACUAUACGCUACACAAUAUCCAUUUUCAUUGGGCAGCUGAGCACACCAUAAACAAUCGAAGGUACCCCCUAGAGGCGCAUUUCGUUCAUUAUAAGACUGAAGCUGGUAAUUUGACUAACGCCUUGAAUUUUGGAGAUGGCGUUGUUGUGUUGGCAGUACUUUAUGAGCUGAGCGAAAUCUCAAAUGACGUUUUUGACGUCAUAACCAGAACUGUCGAUGAUGUCGCUCACAGAGUCAACCAACCGGUUCAGCUGGAUGCCAAAAUCAGUCCGGAAUCCUUACUUCCGGAAAACCUCGACAAUUUUUUCGCCUACCAAGGCUCCCUCACAACUCCCAAUUGCAACGAAGUUGUCACGUGGAUAGUGUACAGCCAACCAGCAGAAAUCGAAGAAAGCCAACUCGAAAAAUUGAGUGACAUCUACACGGAAGAUGACAAACGACUUGUGCAAAAUUACAGGCCACUGCAAGCCGUCAAUGGGAGAGGAGUUUUGUAUACAAGGGGCAACUAUAUUUGAUGGUUUCAAAGUGAAAUUGUGUGAAAGUGAUGCAUCAAAUUUUCACGAUGUGAAUGUAAAUGGAAUUGCUGUUGGAUUAUACAAAAUUUCACAUCACAAAAAUGAAGUUUAUUAUUUUUUUUAUAUGAAGAAUGCAAAUUCUCUAGUUCAGAUUCUUGUAGUGCAUGAAGAAUUGAUAUUUUCAUCACAAUGCGAAUUCUCAAUGUAUUUCUUUGUGUGCAAAUAUUUCAAACACUGAGAAAGCUCGACAUGUACUAUCGAAUGGCACUAAUAAGAAAAUUUAGGGAUCAGAAUAAAAUUUGAGGUUAGACCCUUUCGUUCACCCAAAGUUCUACACUGUAGCAAAUCUGACGUCACCUAUCUGUUCAAAUCAUUUAAAUGGUUUUAAAGUGGUGUACUCGAUUUUUUUCUCGUAAUUUGUUCAAUUUUUGGGAUGAAAUUCCUCGUUAUUUAG